UCUUUCAGUUGUGCAGCUCUGUCCUCUUCUUCCUCUCAUUCAUCCUGAAACAAUCGCUGCAUUUCUCUCCCUCUCUCUCUCUCUCUCUCUCUCUCCCUCUGUCUCUGUUCGCUUUGUUUUUCUGGCUCCCUCUGUUCUCUCACUUUCUUUUUCGAAGUUAACUUUCUGUUUGUUUAUCACUGAGCACAGAAUUUGUCUCUCCUUCUCUGUGACCACUAAGUAACUGUCUGCUCAUUGGACCAACACUGUACAAGUUGGAUUUUUGGCUGUGAACUUUUUGCUGGAGGGACAGUCUUCUCACCAUCACAGGGACUCCACUGAGCGAAAUAGCCCCAAUCCUUUCCUGAGCGACAGCAGCUUGACUCUUCCUCGGCAACUGCGUAACUAUGGAGUGCAGGCAUGGGGCAGAAAUUGGGCAAAAAACAAACAGUGUGUUGUCAUCAGAGAGGGGCCACUGAGGAGUACUUUAGGAGUGGACUGAGACAGAAGAGGAGGGAAGCUUGUGGAUGAAACUAGCUUUACAUCUCUGGGGAUCGAUCUUGACUUGUGCAACUGUGGAUAACAGGAACAGGAUUACACAAACAAAGAAGAGUUUUUUCAUUUAACUUUCUGCCUGUUGAUGUGUUUCUCGUUUUGUGGCGUCUUCACACUCCAUACGACGUGUCAGAGGACAUAAAAAUUGGCCUUUUCGAGGAUUACCCCUCUGGAAGUAACUGCUGGCUAACAAAGCUGUUGACAAAAGUUGGAGACAAAGAUUUCAGCCUUGGAGACAGAGUGUGUGUGUGUAUCGCAGUGUUUGGGUUAUGUGAGCGUGUUCUUGCAGUUGUGUUAGGACCUUGGGGUGUGUGUGUGUGUGUAUUUAUUUAUGUAGCUUCUGUACACAAGAAGUUUAGUGUGUGCACGUGUGAUGCGGGGCUGCGAGACUGCUAGCUGUGUGUCUGUCCUCGGCGCAGACAGACACAGGGAGGGACAGACAUGUGUUUCCAUGGCGAUGAGCGGCUGCAGCCCCUUCCCCAUGUGUUGGGACAGAGAAUAUGACAGACACCUAGCAGCAGCAGUGUCAGCAGGGAAAACCAUGGCGACGGCUUACUUGGACCCCAACCUGAACCAUGCCCUCCUGGGUGGCGCCAAGUCACGGCUGAGCGCAGGGGGGUCGGACCGAACCAUGACCGGCUCUGUGGACAGGGUUCUGAAAGUCUUCCAUCACUUUGAGAACAACUCUGAACAGAGCUGCUGGUCCUCCAAUAUCAGAUAUGGAGAUGCAACCGAUGUCAGGGGAAUCAUCCAGAAGAUCCUUGACAUCCACAAAGUGCGCUGGACGUCUUGUUUUGGUCUGCGUCUCAGCAACAUCCAGUCCAGAGACCAGGUGCACUGGCUCCACCCCGAUAUGGGCGUGUCCCACGUCAGAGAGAAAUACGACCAGGCACGACCAAACGAGGAGUGGAGGUAUGAGUUAAGGAUCCGGUAUCUUCCAAAGGGCUUUGUGCAGCAGUUUACAGAAGACAAACCUACACUAAACUACUUCUACCAUCAGGUGAAGAACGACUACAUGACGGAGAUCGGGGAACAGGUGGAGCAAGAUGUAGCUCUCAAACUGGGCUGUCUAGAAAUCAGGAGGUUCUUCAAAGACAUGAGAGGAAACGCCCUGGACAAGAAAUCCAACUAUGAACUAUUGGAGAAAGACGUUGGUUUGAGGCGUUUUUUCCCAAAAGACCUGUUGGAUUCAGUCAAGGCUAAAACCCUCCGUAAGUUGAUUCAGCAGACGUUUAAGCAGGUAGCCAAUUUCAACGAUGAACAGUGCAUCCUUAAGUUCUUGGAGGUGCUCGCACCAGUCUACCGCUACGACAAGGAGUGCUUCAAAUGUGCCCUCGGGUCCAGCUGGGUGAUCCAGGUGGAGUUAGCUAUCGGGCCGGAGGAAGGGAUCAGCUACCUCACUGACAAAGGAUCCACGCCCACACAUCUAGCUAAUUUUAACCAAGUUCAGUCCAUCCAGUACUCGGCUAUGGAGGAGAAGGACAGGAAAGGGAUGCUGCAGCUCAAUGUAGCCGGAGCUGCUGAGCCUCUCACAGUUACGACAGCGUCACUGACCAUGGCAGAGAACUUGGCUGACUUAAUUGAUGGCUACUGUCGGCUCAUCUCCAUGGAAACACACUCUUUCAUCGUCAGAUUUCAGAAAGAGGGAGAGAGAGCACUGCCCUCCAUCCCAAAAUUGUCCAAUAAUGAGAAAAAAUUAGAAGCUGUCAGGAGUGGAGUAAGAGCUAUCUCCGUCUCAGACCUAGUGACAUCGACGCCUCCUAAGCCAACCAAGGCGCGGCGUUUCCUCCUCCCCUUUGUCUUCUGUUCAGAUUCACCGCCCAAUGAAGAUCUUAGUGGGGAUGAGACCGAUGACUAUGCUGAGAUAGUUGAUGAAGAGGACACGUACACCAUGCCCUCCACGCGGGAUUAUGAGAUCCAGAGGGACAGGAUAGAGCUGGGCCGCUGCAUAGGAGAGGGUCAGUUUGGAGAUGUACACCAAGGAGUCUAUAACAGCCCGGACAAACCCUCUCUACCUGUCGCCAUUAAGACCUGUAAGAACUGCACAUCAGACAGCGUCAGAGAAAAGUUCCUACAAGAAGCAUUGACAAUGCGUCAGUUUGACCACCCUCACAUCGUCAAGCUGAUCGGAGUGAUCACAGAAAACCCUGUGUGGAUUAUCAUGGAGCUGUGCACUCUGGGAGAGUUGCGUUCGUUCCUUCAGGUGAGGAAGUACAAUUUGGAUUUGGCCACUCUCAUUCUGUUCGCUUACCAGCUCAGCACAGCGCUCGCAUAUCUGGAGAGCAAACGCUUCGUACACAGGGACAUAGCAGCACGUAAUGUGUUGGUCUCCUCAGUGGACUGUGUGAUGCUCGGAGACUUUGGUCUGUCACGAUACAUGGAGGACAGCUCUUACUACAAAGCUUCUAAAGGCAAACUGCCCAUCAAAUGGAUGGCUCCUGAAUCUAUCAACUUCAGAAGAUUCACCUCUGCCAGUGACGUCUGGAUGUUUGGUGUGUGCAUGUGGGAGAUCUUGAUGUACGGCAUCAAGCCUUUCCAGGGCGUCAAGAACAAUGACGUGAUUGGCAGGAUAGAGAACGGUGAGCGAUUGGCCAUGCCCCCUCAGUGCCCGCCCACCCUCUACAGUUUGAUGACCAAAUGUUGGUCGUACGACCCCAGCAAACGACCACGAUUCACCGAACUCAAAACACAGCUCAGCACCAUACUGGAGGAAGAGAAGCUCCAACAAGAGGAGAGACUUCGAAUGGAGAUGAGGAGACAAGUCACCGUGUCCUGGGACUCUGGAGGGUCUGAUGAAGCACCACCUAAACCCAGCAGACCAGGUUACCCCAGUCCUCGUUCCAGUGAAGGCUUCUUCUCCAGCCCUCAACUCAACCACUUCUCGCCGACAGCACAUGGCGGUGUAGGAGGAGUAGGAGGCAGCUACCCUCCCACUGAUUCCUGGAAUCAACACAGACCUGAACACACGGCACUGUGGAGCCCGAACAUGGAGGACGGUGGAUGCGUAGGCCAGGCCAUGAUGGAGGAGAGGCUGAUGAUGCAGCAGCAACAGAUGGAAGAUGACCAGCGGUGGCUGGAGCAGGAGGAGAGCUUCAUGGUUAUGAAGGCAGAGUCCAGGAACAGCAGGGGAAGCAUCGACAGAGAGGACGGCACACUACAAACACCGGGUGGAAGUCAACACAUCUACCAGCCUGUCGGGAAACCAGAACACGUGGCUCCACCUAAGAAACCACCCCGCCCUGGAGCUCCUGGUCACCUAGGUAACCUGGCCAGUCUCUGCCCCGUGGACAGCUACAACGAGGGAGUCAAGCUGCAGCCUCAGGAGAUCAGCCCACCCCCCACCGCCAACUUGGAUCGUUCUAACGACAAAGUGUAUGAGAACGUAACAGGGUUGGUCAAAGCUGUGAUUGAGAUGUCAAACAGGAUUCAGCCUGCAGCCCCAGAGGAGUACAUCCCAAUGGUCAAGGAGGUGGGACUGGCGCUGAGGACCCUGCUAGCUACAGUUGACGAGACACUUCCUGCGCUGCCAGCCAGCACACACAGAGAGAUUGAGAUGGCUCAGAAGUUGUUGAACUCAGAUCUGGCCGAAUUAAUAGCGAAGAUGAAACUGGCCCAGCAGUACGUCAUGACAAGUUUACAAAAGGACUACAAGAAACAGAUGCUAAUGGCAGCUCACGCCCUUGCAGUCGACGCCAAGAACCUGCUGGAUGUCAUCGACCAAUCACGUCUCAAGAUGAUUCGCCCACAUUAGUUUCUGUCGCCAUGGAGAUGGAGAGCGCAGUAGCUCUUAGCCAAUCACAAAGAGAAGAGAACAUUUAGAUGGAUAUGAGAAAUGGAUGGAUGAAAAAAAGAACUGAUGGACAGCAGACAUGACUGAAACAAUCAGCGCCCUCCUCUCCUCCUUCAAACAUUCAUCGCUUCCUUUUUCUCUCUGGCGACGCUCAUGUUUCGCUCAGUAUUGUGUUGUUUUGUACUUUUGUUGCAUUAUUUGCUUUUGUAUCCAGAGGAAUGCUCCUGUCCCCCAUCACGUAUCCUCAGAGAUGAGUUUUUAUGAAAAAAAUCAUCCAUUACUACUUUUUAAUCUUUGAAGAAAGUGAAUCAAACAGGUUUCAGAGGCUCGCUUGAAGGACUGCAGAGAUAUUUUGGUGAAUGGACGCACCACACUGUGCCACGUAAACACGACUAACAGUCUCCACACGAUGCAGGACGUAACAACUGGAACUGAAGAGCCAGGAUGAGGAGGAUAAUGAAGAUGAUAUGAUAAUGUUGUUGUUUAAACAUGCUUUUAUAUCAUUAUUAAUUAUUAUUAUUGCUAUUUUCAGCCUCUGCUCUCGCAGUACGUCUCUACGUUCAGUCUUCCUCUUGAAUAUUCAGUGGGCAAAAAUAAUUGAUUUACAGCUGCUCAUAAAUGUCGUAACUUCAUCUCUAUUUUUCCAUCUUCUUCUCUCUAGAUCUCUUUAUCUCAGGCAUCAAGAGAUGGCAUAACGAUGAAAUAUAAAAGCUGUAUUUUGAAGAACAAAUUAAACGUCACAGGCCACUUUUUAAGUUAACUUGCAUAGUAAAUAUACAAAGAAGCUAUAUUUUUAACACGUUUCUGAAGCAUGAAUUGUUAGUGAAUAAGGGAGAGGGAUGAACAGGGGGAGUAAAGGGACAGAGGGGUGAGAGGUGGAAGGAGGGUGGUUAUUUUGAGUUACAACGGAGGUCCUAAUUUUACUGUGCUGCACUGCAACUGACUAAAAAGUAACAUUUCACUCAAAUUAUGUUGGUUUACUUAAUAAUUCAACCUUUUUAGCAGCAAUUCACAUGUUAUUUUUGCAGAAAAUUCAUGGUUUCUUUGUUGCAUGUUUUGUAUAUUGAAGCCAAAUUGUACUGACGCAUCAGCCAUGUCUUGGGCUCCCUCUAUCCAAUUUAUCCUCUCCCAAAUAUCAUGCAACAAUAUGCAGUGCAAGAUACACCCUUGUUACAUUUCCUUCACUAAAGUUGAUCCAGGUUUUGGAAUUUUAGGGACAAAUUACAAGUCACCAUACAUAAUCAUCUUUAUUGCGCAGUGAAUUACAGUUGCAUUUUUUUUUACUCCUCUCAAAACCAGGGACUGAUACAUACAGUUUGUGAUGGAGGCCAAAAACUGGCCACAGGUCUCAUUCAUGUCCAACAUGAUUCUCCUCUUUUAGUCCCUCUGUUUUCCUUCCCUGUCUUUCUACCUCCCUCCACUGGAGUUAUUUAUACCUUUAUCCCCUCUCCUCUUCUGCUCCGUCACCCCCCACAUUUCUAUGUUUUCCUCCCUCUGUUGCCACCCCUUCCUCCCUUCAGCCUCGUCCUUCUCUCUCCAUUCCACUGUUCCCUCUCCCCUGAGGUGAGCAGUAUUCUCAGGAAGGAGUCACAUGUACAGUUGCUAAACCAAGCAAAUAAAAACACUGUUAUCAUUAUGAAA